UGCUCCACAAGCUGCCGUUGGUCCUCCUCGUCGUGAUUCUGCUUUUCGUUGUCAUCUUUGUUCAGGUGUGCAUAUUGGGGAGGUUGCCUUCACGUACUCGCAGGAAACGACGGGUGAGGAAGAGCGUGGCCAUGGACGGGCGGUGGCCGAAUCUUGCCACGUUGUCGGACACUUAUCCCAGCCACCGACCUGCGAUCUGCACCGGUGUAGACAGAAGGGCGGCAGGUCCGUCGCCGUACAAAGGACUCCCGCCUCACAUGCAGCCUCUGCCUGAUUCGAACGAGGGGGAGGCGGACGUGGACGUGUGCAACACAGUUCCGUUGGGUAGCAGGUCGACCCAGGAAUGGACAGGUAGCCAGUUGUAUGAUCGGCGCGGAGCGAAGUACAGGCAGUCAUUCACUUCCCUCCUCCACGAAGGUGCCCAGGACGAGGAACGCCUCCCCCCUGUGGAUCUCACAUUUGGCCUGCGGAGAGGGAACCCAUCUUCUGCCACGCACACUGUGCUCGUGAACCCUCAUCCCAACGAUGACGCGGGGCAGGUGGCAUUGGUCGGCAGGGGCACAAGGGGUGGUUCUGCGCCUCAGGAGACGUCCGAGAAGACGAGGGAGCGGCCUCGAGUGCAGGCGACUUGUGGCCCGUCAAUUCCACGCACCACCGGUGGUCGCCAUGAGUGGAUGAACCCCCCUCCUGCGUUCUCCAGGGGCCGCGACACCGUUCCUCGUCCAGUUGAACGGGGUGUGAGUGAGGAAGACUUCCCUUUCGAGGGCGCGCAUGGAGAUGGCAGGUGGGCUUGGAAGGAGUCGAGGCAGGAGUUGUGGCGGCAGCAAGAAGAGUCCAUACCGCAAGGUGUGCAGCGAUUACGCGUGGGCGAGCAGGCCGGGCAAGCAGACGUGGUUGGCGGGGGGGGUGACGUAUGGACAAACGGUGACGAAGUUCAGUGCGACGUUGAGGAGGACGACAGCGGUGACGUGUUCCCAUUGUGUGCGCCAAACAUGGGUGACAGGGGCGGCAGAGGCAGGGCUUCGACGAAUGCUGGGCGGAGGCGGAAGAGGUCGUCGGCGACCUCUGCUGAUGCGGAAGGAGAGGAGCCACACUAUCAGCCCGAGCAAUGUUGCAGACACCGGUGGCGCAGGAGGUGUGCAACUCCCAUCUGCACAGUCGGCGACUCCGGAAUCUGUGGGGGACGGGGAUGCCGCUGGAGAUGGCAACGACGAAGACGACAGCUCAACGCGUGGGGGCUCACAGACGACUGGAAGUCCGGCCGGUUUCGGGAAGAGGAAAAACGUGCGGCAGCAGAGGCCUUAAGCGAGUGCAUGGAGAAGCAUGGGGCAUUGAUGGCGUCAACAAUGGAAAGCGCGAGCAGGAGGCAAUGCGAGGCGAUGGAGAGCGCGAGCAAGAGGCAGUGCUCCAUUCAAAUUCGGCAGUGUGAGGCUAUCGAAGCGGAGGUGGAGGUCCAGAAGCAACACUGGGCUGCGUCUAAUGAAGUUAGCAAGCUUAUGCCAGUGUAUCAUGCGCUGCUGGAAAUAGCGAAGGCUAUACGAGAGCGCCGUGUGGUUGUCGUCUCUUCGUCAUCGCCAUCAUCACUGUCUGUCUUCUCGGCGAUGACGAAUACUCGCAACUCUAGCAAGGGAAAAAGGGAGAGGGAUUCCCAGAAAACGGAAGCUGCCGGCGUCGUGAAGCGGGGGAGGCAUCAGGCGAAGAAGCCCAAGGCAUCAAGCGGCGGUGCUCUGGUGAUCGGGAGGUUUGCGCGGGAAGAGUGGGUUACCGAGGCCAGCAGCGGACAGGACGACGAUUUCGAAUCGGAGGCGGACACAUUUCAUGGGAGGAAAGGGACCUUGCGUGAACUGUCGAACUCACGAAUGGUGAGCGGAGAGGAAGGCGUUGACGGUGGUAAGGAUGGGGGUCACGGGGUUGCGCAAGGCAAGGGUGAGGCGGGCGGCGACGUGGGAGGCGGUGUUGCUGCCAGGGAGGAGCGUGGCCAGCCGAUGACCCCUGGCAUGUGCGGCGCCGUGCCGUCGAAGGACGUUCAGGCGGUCGAGGACGUCGGUAAACACCCGCCAAUGCGGGCGCCUUCAAACCCAGCGACGCCCACGGCGGGACAGGCGAGAAGGGAUGAAGGGGCGGGGGUGAAUGCGGCAGUCAGGGGACAGCUUGCGACGCGCAUUCCCGCAAAGGAAGCCGCAGCGGUGGGGGCCGUCGUUGGUACAUCGACGACAGGCGCGGGGGGGGGCGGUGGCGACGAUCGUGAUGAUGCUGAUGACGACGAUCCCCUCAUUAACAGGCAGAGGCGAUCCGAAAACCUGGCGGCUCUAGAGGCGAAAGUGAAACUGUGGGUGAACGAUCUGCGUUUCUGGAACGAGAUGGAGGGGCAUGGGAUGUUCAAGAUCAUCCAGGAGACGCGCCUGCACCUCAUCGCCCUCGCGAAAGGAGGUGACCGCGCACAGCCACCCGCCGGUGCUGCUGAUGAUGACGAUGAUGUCGACGAUGAUGACAUUGAUGAUGAUGAUGAUAACGGUGACGAUGAUCAUGAUGGUGACGACAACGAUGAUGAUGAUGACGAUGUUCAUGAUGAUGAUGACGAUCGUGAUGAUAACGAUCGUGAUGAUGACGGUGACGGUGACGAUGGUGAUGAUGAAGAUGAUGAUGAUGAUGAUGAUGAAGAUGAUGAUGACAAUGUUCAUGAUGAAGAUGAUAAUGAUGAUGACGAAGGUGGUGAUGGUGAUGACGACAAUGGUGGUGACGAUGACGAUGUCGUCGAUGAUGAUGGGGAUAGGAGCUGGCAUGGUGUGUGAAUAGCGGUUGCGCGCGUUUCGUAGACUGUCUUCUACUUCCUUUGCGUCGAGUCGUUUCCUGUUGUAAAAGCGGUUGCCGAGUAGGGGUGAGAGCUCGGUUUCAUAAAGCUGGCAGCAAAGUGCAGUCGACAUGCACGUCUUUUCAUUAAAGGGGUCACUCAUCGUUGAUUGUGCGGUGUCAUCAACGUCCAUCAUGUCUAUGCGCAUCAUUGAUGCUAAUUUGAUUUCGUGUGCUAUGGCGAACGUUCCUUUUAUAUCGCAGUCGUGUUUUCUUAUGUUUGUUCUUUCCGAUUGCAAAGCUUCCAUGUAAAGCUGUGGGUGAUAAGGUGCAUGAAUUCUGUGUGAGAGAUUGACGUUUUCACUCAGUGACUUUCUUUCUCCUGCACUCAUCGUUCAACCAUUCACAACACUUUCACGAAGAUGAAGACGAAUGAUUGACAACAGAAAAUAUGUACUCCAACAUUUGGACCAUGGAUAUAUGUGGACUCAAAUGAAUGCUAUCAUCAAUGGCUUGCACUCGUUCACAUCAUUACGCACGUAAGUGCGCCCUCAUCUCGGCACGCAGGGCACAUGACAGGGAGGAAAAUAGUCCACGACAAGCAAUAAAACUCAACGAACAGA